UUAUCAUAGUAAAUAUUAUUCGAUAAUCGGUUUUUUAUUUUUAAAUUUUUAACACCUGAAUAUCUGAGUGCUUGAAUUUAGUAUUACCUGUGGAUUUUCGGAUUUUCAUUAACAAUGACGCGUAAACCGUGUUGUGGUAUUGCUUUUACUGCAUCAAUUGUUAUCAAGACAACAAUCAACAGUAUUAAACUAACUAUUAGUAAUUCAUUUUUUCUCGUGUGAGAAAUUAUAUUUUGUACUUGGUAAUUUUUCCAAAAUAAUAUUUUUAAACGUUUUGGUAUAAUUUAUAUAUCUACUUAGUUUAAAUUUUUAGCUAUCAACAAUUUUAGUGAGUGUACAUACAAAAUGAACAAUCAAAGUUCAGCAGAAAAAGUAAAUUUUUAAACUAUCUACCUACAAUGAUCAUGAAUCGCUGAAGUAAUAAAUUAUUAUUAUUUACAGGUUGGUGAGAUUUUCAGUGCUGCAGGUAUUGCUCUCGGCAGAUUAGGUGAAUUAACAAUAACAUUACAGCCAGAAAAUGAUAUCCCGACGACCAACAGGUAUAAUUUGUCAUAAUAAAUAUUACAAUAUUACUUUAGAUUAUAAAUGUAGUGAAUUAGGUUUACUAUGAUGUGUCUUUGUUUUCCCAGAAAACACUUUUGGUUAUUAAAAAUACUCUGGUUAUUUCAUUGUAUAUACCCUAAAAAAAAUCCAGAUUUUUCCCUUGAUGAAUUGCUUCUUAUACCGUGGAUUCUGCCUGAUGUGGACACCGGUUAAUAUGGGUAAAAUGGUCCGAUCCCAAUACAAAUACAUAUUAACAGGUUAAAAAAAAUUGCAAAAUAUGAUCACUCAAUUCGGUUUAUGUGGGCAAGUUUUGUUUUAUCAUAACGCUAGAAUGUAUACAUAUAUAUUUAAAAACGAAUGAUAUAAUCGGGUUUCAUUGUAUUUAUUGAAAUUUAUUAAAAUAAAAAGCAUUAAUAUUUAAAUCUUAAAGAGAUUUUGUUGAGUAAAUAUUUUGACUAGCGUAUGAGUUCAUGAAAGAGGGUGAUGAAAAUUGUCUGAUAAAGCUUGAAGCGUUUACCCACGUUUUGUUAACCAGAUUCAUACUAAAUAACAAGCAAUUAAAAUGUUUUGUACACUUUCCACAAAUAGUAAUUUUAUUUAGAUUGUUUUAUUUAGUUUUAUUUAUGCAGUAAUUUAACAGUUUUUUUCAAUUGUAUGAUUCACAUGUGCAAAAUAAAAACUUUUUGACAUUACAAAUUUGUGUGUUUUUGAUUUAAUUUCAGUUUUUAUGGGGAGCCGCUUAAUAUGGGCAAACAGGGUUGGUCCCAACAUGUGCCCACAUUAAGCGGAAUCCAUUGUAAUUUAUUUUUAAAAUACUUAUUUUAUGUAUUAUAUCUCAAAAAGGAUAUGUCCAGUGGGAAUCUAGGUCUAGUGUUAGAAAUGCAUGUGUCAGAUAUCAUAAAUUUAAGUCUCAUAAAAGUCAUGUGUUGAAAAAUUAUUUCUCAUAAAAAUCAUAUGUUAUAAAAGUAUAAAAUGUCAUAAAAUUGAGUUAUAAAAAAAAACACAGAAAUUGAAAUUUGUUAUAAAAUUAAAUAUCAAUAAAGCAUUGUUAUUAAGCAUUCUACGCUAACUUCUGUUUCCUUCCUCUCUUUUUGUAUUCCAUAAAUAAAUUUGUAUAGACCUUAAAUAAUAUAAAUUUUAAUUAUGUUGUAGGUAAAAUAUAAUAAAAAGUAAUAAACCGGAUGUUGUGUCGCACCAAUUAAUAAUAUAGAUGAAACAAAUAAACAAUAAGGAACAAUAUUAGUCAUUAUAGGUAUGAACUCCAAUAAAGGAAUAAACGAUAAGGAAUGAUUACAAUUUGUCUAUGUUAGGUUAAGUUUAUUUAUAUUUUAUUUUAAUAACAUCAAUUUUAAUUUCUGUUUUUUUUUUUUAUAACAAUUUUAUGAGAAAUAACUUUUCUAACAAUUGACAUAUUACCAUCCAGUAGUACUUUAUUUGAAAUAAUUAUUAACAUUUCAACAAUUUACUCUCUAGGUCCUUUUUGUUAUUUAUUCUCAGAAAACAUAUUCUCAGUUAGUAAGAAGGUUCUAAAUUAUUCGCAUUUUACCUUAAAGAUAAUCAUUUUUCGCCUGGUAGUAUUUUAUUUGAAAAAAAAAUUAGAAAUUCCCAAUCAUUUUUCUAUCAACUUUGAAAAAUCGAUACAUCAGUUUUAUUUUUUAUUUGUUUCUGAUUUACCUUGACUAUGGAUCAAAAAAGGUGACUCAUUUUACUCUGCUCAGAAGCCUUUUAUUUUUUGUACAUUUAUUUUAAUAUAUCUACUUACCAAUUCUUAAUUUGUUCAUUUUUAGCAAAUGGACUGAUGGUGAUGUAGAAAUGCUUCAAAGUGCUGUAAAAAAAUUCACUGAUGAACUAGGUAUUAUUUGUGAUCAAAUCAAACAGCGGACAGUGUAAUUAUACUGUAUUUAUUAUAUUAUUAAUAAUAAUUGUUGAUUUUCGUAUCAAAAUGUUUUUAUAUUGUCUAAUUCAGAAUAAGUGAUCAUAAUUGCAAUAUUUGUAGAAAGUGCAAAAUAAUAUGUGCCUACUGUUAAAUUUAUUUUUGAAUAUUUAUGGUUUUGAUUUUUUAUUAUUCUCCUGUCUUCCAAUUUAUGAAUUAAACUUUCCAGAUCACAAAUACAUGCGACUCUGAAAAGAAAAUCUUAUGAAAGCCGAGCUCUAAUCAAUCCUGCUGCGUUAACGAGAACACCAAUGUCAACAAGUAUAUUGAGUGCAAAAUGCAACUCUGCUGAUGUAACAUUAAACAUGUUGAAUGCACCUCAAGAACAUAAUUCUGGUUCCGAUGAUAUUUCUAUUGAAAAUAUUCGACACGACUUUAAUUGUAGUGUUGAUAUCGAAUAACCAAAUUUAAAAUAUUAGACUUAUGUCCCAUAAUCUGAUAUACCAUUUAUUUAAAAUAUUGUGUUAUCAAUUAUUUGAUAGUCUCUUUGAUUUUUUCCAUAUUUACAUUAUUUAUUUAUUUUAUUUUUACCUGAAUCGUGCAUUUAUUUUUUAAAUUAUUUGUAUUUCUAUUUAUUUGAAUGCAAAAUAUUGACUAAAGAACAAAUGAAACAUUUCCUAUAUAUAAUAUUUCAUUCCCUACUUUAUUAUUUUAUAAACCUACCAAUAUAAUAAGGUGGAUUUGUAAUUAAGUUCAAUAUAAUAUAUGUAAUAUAAUAAAUUAUUGUACAAAAACAGUGUUUUGAAAAUUAUUGUAAUUAUCACUGGCUUAUCUUAAAAAAAUAGAGUGUGGGGCAUUUAAUUUUGUCAUUCUCUCAUUCACUUAUUAUAAGUCAGUCAAUUUUCCAUAAAUUCAUAAGAAAAUUGAAAAAUUGUAUACCUAUUAUUGGUUAAACUACAAUAAAUUAAUUACUUAAUUAACAGUAUAUAGUUUUUAAACUCUGAAAAAGUAGUUGUCAGGCAGGGGGGGUAUAAUCCUCCACCACCCCCUGGCUGCGAUUCUAUUGGUCUUAUAAGAAUAGUAAAUUAUUGUUUUAUAAUAUUAAAUAGAAAUAAGCUAAUGUAUGUAUGGAUACAAUAAAUAACUUGUGUAUUAAAAUAUUGAAUUUAAUAGUAAUAUGUUUUAUUUGAUUACAAAAACCGAUAUAUCCUUGAAAAUUAUCAAAGUAGUAUAAACUCAACUGAAUAAAAUGCACAGAAGUUUCAACAUCUUAAG